AACAAUCUCUCUGUUCGUUGAAGAGAAAAUGUAGUUUGGUAGACGUUUUUAAGGUUAGUUCAUAUUUUAAAGACACUUUAUGAGAUGGAAGUAGUGACUGGAUCACUAGGUCAAUAGGCAUGUUUGUAUGUUUAAACAACGCGAAUAAGUCUAUCAGUGAGCAAGUAUGGACCAGCUGACGUGACGUUUAUGACAUGAAUACAUCAUUCGAGCAAUCAUACAUGUUAUAUAUAUGUGACUGACGAAAUACGUUCUAUCCAUGUCACUUAUAUAGAAGUUUAAGAAUAUUGAUUUCUAUUUUCGUGGAUACUUAUUUAUUUUGUCAUGUCGAAAUCCAAACAACGGGAACAAUUGCCACCAUUUGGAACACUCGUUCGUGUUUCUGAAACCCCAGAAGAGGAAGAAAGGGGUUGUGUAAGAGUGAAGACAGUGAAAGGUGCUAAAAGUGGAAACGAUGAUGACACACAUGAAGAAAAUGGAGUCCUAUUUUGGGUCAACAAAAGUGGAUUUCCAAUUGACAAUAGGACCUGGGAUCGAAUGUGGGAUCACGUAUCGAGAAUUCAUCCAGAUGGUUACAGCAUGGUCAAUAAAAUAAGAAAUAAAUCCGAUCUUCCUCAGAUGCCAAUACAACAAGCACCGUUAAAUUUCCCAUCUUCUAUGCCGGUACAAGAUCGUUUGGACAAAGUUCAGAACUAUAUGAAAUCACUUCAAUACAACCAUACUGGAACUCAAUUUUUCGAAAUCAGGAAGCAGAGGCCAUUGUCUGGACUGAUGGAUUCUGCCAGAGAGAUGAUAAAAGAAGCUCUUCCCAUCAAGUGUUUAGAGGCAGUCAUUCUUGGGUUAUUUUUGACCAAUGGUUUUCUAGGUGUUGAACGCUUUCCUCUAAGUUUUAAAAGUGUGUUUGGUGGAAAUGUACAUAGACAUGUGGUACUAGGGAUAUAUUAUGCUGGGAAAUAUGGUUCCAUAGGAAUGAGUAGGCGGGACGAACUCAUGUAUAAACCCGUUGUAUAUAAGUCUCUCUCAGAACUGGUUUUCGAAUUUGAAAGAUCUUACAAUAUGUUUAAGCAUGAAGUAAAGAAGGUAAAAAUAGGACUUCCAGUGCCGCAUGAUCCUCACAGCUACGAGUUCAUUAAUUGGAAGGCCCUAACUAUAAACAUGAGCAAACUGAGUCCGAAAGAAGUGGCCAAAGAUCUAGAUGUCGUUGCAAAAGAAAUUCGAACAAAAGCCAAACUUAAUUCUCUGAAUCCCGAGGCUAGUUACGCUCAUAUUAAGUCCCGGUCAUGGGUAACUCAGCCUACUUCACCGAGGAAAACAAUAACAUCCAUCGAUAUGUCUACUGGCAGGGACACAUAUGCAAGCAACAGUCUAAAACAAGCCUCUAAAAUCUACAGGUCACAAACAACCAUUAGUUCAUCUGAGAAUGGAGCGGUGAAAAGGAAGUCAACAGAUCCAGCGGACUAUCAGAUACGGAUAUGACGUCAAGUUUAAUAUAGUUUUUGACAAAUCAGAUUUGAAAGUGAGAUACAUGUACCGUGCCUGACAUUGCUGACAACACAAAAACCUGGCGUUAAAUUUGUGGUUGUAGCAAAUUGAUUGUAUCCGUAUUAUGUAAGAAUAUAUAUUAUGUAAAUGUGUGCGUGUCUGUAAAAACAAAGUACAUUGUAAAAAUGUUAUCGUAAGAUAACAAACUCGGAUAAGUGUUUUAUAGUGUGGAAAAAAAUUAAAAGUAUUCUAGUCUUGGCAGAUCAAGAUUUGAUUUUAACCAGAAUGAGUAUUAGGUACAUUUAAGCGCGAUGAUGCGAACUUUAAAAAAUAGACUGAGCGAUUGUUCGACGAAUGAUAGAUUGAGAGAUUGUGAGACGGUUGAUAGGUUUGGAGACGGAGACGGAUUGAUGGUAAGACGGCUGAUCCAGAUAUGAGAGAUUGUGAGACUGAUAUAGUAGAUUGGAGAUUGUGAGACGGCUAAUUGAUUGAGAUUGUGAGACGGCUAAUAUUAAUAGAUUGAGAUUGUGAGACGGCUAAUAGAUUGAGAUUGUGAGACGGCUAAUAGAUUGAAAGAUUGUGAGAGGGAUUGGUUUUGAGACGGCUGGUAGAAUGGAGAUUGCGAGACGGAUUGAUUGUAAGACGAUUGAGGGAUUGAGGGAUUGUGAGACGGCUGGUAGAUUGGAAAUUGUGGGACGGAUUGUUUGCAAGACGGAUGGUAGAUUGGAUAUUGUGGGACGGGAUAGAUUAUGAGAUCGGCUAAGCUACAGAUUGUAAGGCAGAUGGAUUAGCAAGAAGACACUCUAUGGAGCUAGUACUGCUGUGAAAGACGUUGAAAAAGGUAUGAUAUGAGUGUGUAUAAAAUACAUACAUGUGUAUUAUAAUUCAUCGGAUUUGUUAAAAUUUUGUUCCCGUAUUGAUAUAAAAGUGUACAUCCAAUGUUAAUGUUGACAUGGAUAUAUAUUGCUUCUAUAUUGUGUGACUGAUUGAUUGUGAGGCGGUGGGAUUACGAGGAAGACACUUCAUGUGUACACAAUGAACACAAUUAUGUCGAGGUAUAAAUUUGCCUUUAAUGUUAGUGAAUACAAAGUAUGUCUAUUAUAAUUGUUAAUGGAAUCAUAUUAAAUGGUGUAUAUCUGUGAUACAUGUACUAUUGAACUUUGAUGUUUGAAGCUGCAUACCAAGGGAAAUAUUUUCUCCAAUAUUUACAUAACUCGGUAUGUUUAUAACAGUAUGGCGAAUUUAGUUCCAGGCCAGAGAGAGAUAGAGAUCAUGUGUAUGUAAAUGGAUAAUCUACUCAUUUUCGAUUACAAACUUUGAACGAUAAAAGAGAAAAUUCUUACAAAUGUGUCAUCAGUUUUGUUAUCCAAUUGCCUUUUAAAAAGUUUUUAAGGAUGGAUCUCAAUUUCCAUAGGAAGUUAUUUUCAUUUACUUGACUGAAAUAGCUUAAGUUGAGGUGCUUGCUAACUGAAGUCCGCAUCCAGUUGAGAUCGACAUUGAAAUUAUCACUUUAAGUGGUACAUCCGUUUCGCACAAUGUGUUAAAAUCAUCUGUUGACGGAUUGAACUAAACCAGGCGUAACAAUACAGUAACGAAGUCGUGAACGGAUGAUUUUAUUCAGAUUGCCGUUUCCAUACAUUUCAUUUAUAGGAAAUGUUCCUAACAUCCAUGACCGUAUCUAUCAUGUUUUGGUGAAUUAUUAGUAUAUGAAUGGGUAUGUCAUGCACGUUUUAACCACGAUUUGUUUGUGUUAAACAUUAUUUUGUAAAUGCAACGUUGUUUUCUAUUGAUUAAAAUAUUUUGUUAACUUG